AUGAAAUUCUUGGGCAGACCGACAACUACUUCGCAAAAUUUACAGUUGAAGAAUACGGUUAUUUCUUUGACGAAGAAGCUAACAGAGUAUGGAAAAGCUGGAGAAUUACAGAAAGCCAUGAAUCUGUUUGAAGAAAUGCCACACAGAAAUCAAGUUUCUUGGAAUGCAAUGUUAACUAUACUUCUGCAAUCAAACAAAUUCAUCGAAGCAGAGAAUGUGUUCGAGAAAAUGCCCCUAAGAAACUCGACAUCUUACACUACCAUGAUUGCCGGCUUAUCAAGGUCGGGGUUUGUAGCUGAAGCGCGCAAGGUAUUUGAUUCGAUCCCAGUUCUUGAGCAAAAUGUAUUUUCAUGGACGGCUAUGAUUUCGUCUUAUACACAUAAUGGACAGCAUUUUGAUGCUCUUAAACUUUUUUCAAUCACUUGCGGAGAGUUUUUUCCAUGGAUAUUACCGAAUUCAUUUACUUUUAGUACUCUUCUGAAGUCAUGUUUAGAUGUAGGGUCACUUGUGAUGGCAAUGCAGUUACAUGGUUUGACAGUAAAGAUAUUGAAUGAACAAGACAAAGAAAAUGUUUACGUUCAAAACUGUUUGGUUGACUUGCAUAGCAAAUUGGGUAAUCUGGGUGAUGCAGAGAACGUUUUCAAUGGGUUAAUGUGGAAAGACUUGAGUACCUGGAAUGUUAUGAUGGAUGCUUAUGCUAGAAAUCUUAUGAUUGAUAAAGCUCUUGUAAUUUUCGAUUCCAUGGAAGAAAAAGAUACGCUUUCAUGGAACAUUAUGAUCUCUGGAUUUGCAGAAUGUGGUCGUGGGAUUGAAGCUCUUGAUUUCUUUCUCCGCUUGUGUAGGUUACAAGGACCAGGUACAUACCCUAAUUCAUCAACUUUUACGAUCGCUCUAACUAUAUGUGGUACGUAUUCUAUGCUCAACACUGGGAUACAACUACAUGCAUGUGUACUAAAGCAUGGGCUCACUGAGGGUUAUAGUUAUACGGGUAAUUCAUUGAUUAACAUGUACAUGAAAUGCGGAUCCAUUGAAGAGUCAGAAAAACUGUUUUAUGAGAUGCCCAGAAGAGACGUGAUCUCGUGGAAUUCACUCAUCUUAGGUCUUGGGCAGAAUGGGCUUUCUAAGAAAGCAAUAGAAAUUGGAGAAAAAGCACUAAGUUUGGGUAUCUAUAACCACAAUACGUUUACUGCGUUGCUAACAACUUGCAGCCAUGGAGGAUUAGUUGACGAAGGGAUUGAGUAUUUUGGUGCCAUGAGUAAAAGUUCUGGGAUUGAACCAUUUUUGGAUCAUUAUGUUUGUGUGAUUGAUAUGCUAGGAAGGGCAGGUAAAGUAGUCGAAGCACAUGAUUUCCUACGUAAGAUGCCCAUCUCACCGAAUGCCAUAGCAUGGUCAACUCUUCUCAAUGCAUGCUUGGUUCAUGGGAACAAGGAGAUUGGGGAAGUUGCAGCUCGUGAGCUUCGGAUUUUGGAGCCAAGUAAUUCUGUAAGUUAUGUGAUGUUGGGAAAUCUAUAUCGCAAAACAGGUCAUUUUGAAGAAUCUAGGCAGAUUUUGGAAUUGAUGAACAAGAUUGAUUUGAAAAAGGAAAAGGGCAUUAGUUGGACUCUUUAA